CUGGUUCCCCUGACGACGGGCUUGCGCUGGGCGCCACAGCCUGGGAGAUGCUGAUCCGGCGGCCGCGCGAUUCCCUGCAGGCCUUGCAGCGCCGCACUCGGGAACUGAAGCAGCAGGUUGACAGUGUGUUUUCUGAGAGUCAAUUGAAAGGUGCUCUAGAAGCCAGUAAGAGGCGUGAUAUUUACCAGAGAUGUAUCCAAUUAAAACAGGCAAUAGAUGAAAAUAAAAAUGCUCUUCAAAAAUUAAGCAAGGCUGAUGAACCUGCACCUGUCGGGAACUAUAAUCAGAAAAAAGAGGAGCAGAACCGUCUUUUGGAUAAGCUUACCCACCAACUGCAAGAACUCGCUGGGUCCAUAAGUAGAGAAAAUAAAACUGAAAUUGGGACACUUACUAAAAAAGAGGAAGAUGGCGAUUCUGCUGAAGAAGACGAGGAAGACGAUGAUGAAGAAGAAAGUGAAGAAAGUGGGGGAGAGGAAGAAGAAACAGAAGAGGAAGAGGAAGAGAAACAGGAAAGUAAAUCCCACCAACAGGCUACAGGUGAAGAAUACAUUGCUCUUGGAGAUUUUACUGCUCAGCAAGUUGGGGAUCUUACAUUUAAGAAAGGGGAAAUUCUCCAUAUAAUUGAAAAAAAACCUGAUGGUUGGUGGAUGGCUAAGGAUGCCAAAGGAAACAAAGGUCUCAUUCCCAGAACCUACUUGGAGCCAUAUGAUAAAGAAGAAAGCCAAGAAUCAAGUGAAGAAAGCAGUGAAGGAGAUGUAAAGGUGGGGGAUGAAACAGCAGAGGGAGCAGAAGUUAAACAAAGAACUGAUUCUCACUGGAGUGCUGUCCGAAAAGCUAUCUCAGAGCAGGUGAACACUGUGGAUGUGUUAACCACAAUGGGAACUAUUCCUGCUGGGUUCAGACCUUCCACGCUUUUCCAGCUUCUAGAGGAAGGGACUCAAUUUCGAGCAAGUUACUUCUUACAACCAGCGCUUACUCCUUCACAACUGGCCUUCAGAGAUCUAAUGUGGGAUGCUAAAACAGGCACUAUUAAGUCAAGACCAAGUCGUGUUUCAUUCAUUCUGACCCUCUGGAGCUGUAAAAUGAUUCCUCCUCCAGGAACAAGCAUCCAGGUUCUCAGCAGACAUGUGCGCCUCUGUCUUUUUGAUGGUAAUAAGGUUCUGAGCAACGUUCAUACAGUCAGAGCCACAUGGCAACCUAAACAACCCAAAACAUGGACCUUUUCUCCCCAGGUUACUGGCAUCCUGCCAUGCUUGCUUGAUGGUGAUUGUUUUAUCAGGUCUAACUCUUCAUCUCCAGAUCUUGGAAUAUUAUUUGAACUUGGAAUUUCUUACAUUCGCAAUUCAACCGGUGAAAGAGGAGAAUUAAGCUGUGGCUGGGUGUUUCUUAAACUUUUUGAUGCCAGUGGAAUUCCUAUCCCAGCAAAAACUUAUGAACUCCUCUUGAAUGGUGGCACCCCUUAUGAGAAAGGUGUGGAAGUGGACCCUGCAGUAUCCAGAAGAGCACAUGGGAGUGUUUUCCAGCAGAUUAUGAUAAUGAGAAGGCAGCCUCAACUUUUAGUGAAACUGAGAUCUUUGAACAGAGGAUCAAGAAACAUACUAAGUCUACUGCCCGAAACAUUAAUUGGAAGUAUGUCCUGUAUUCAUUUGUUGAUCUUUUAUCGCCAAAUUCUUGGAGAUGUACUCCUGAAAGACAGACCAAGCAUGCAAAGUGCUGAUUUAAUUAGCAAUCCAGUGCUGGCCACCUUCCCCAAGCUCUUGGAGGAGCCUGACGUGAUGGAUGCCCUGCGGAGUUCAUGGGCUGAAAAAGAAAGCACAUUAAAGAGAUCAGAGAAGAGAGACAGAGAGUUCCUGAAGGCUGCAUUUCUCCUGGUUUACCACGACUGCGCACUGCCUCUGCUCCAUUCUACAGUCCUGCCUCCAUUCAGGUGGGCAGAGGAAGAGACUGAGGCUGCCCGCUGGAAGGUCAUCGCUGAUUUCCUUAAGCAAAACCGGGACAAUGAGGGUGCACUCCAGGCUCUGCUGUCACCAGAUGCAAUCCAUGAACCUUUUGACAUUUCGGAGCAGACCUAUGACUUCUUGGGUGAAAUAAGAAAGAAUGCAGCCUGACAGUGGUUGUCCUUAGCUUUCCACUGAAUCUGAGGAAUCCUCCAUGAUGACCUGAAUGAAAAGACAAAACCAAGAGUAACUCACAUUAUAACUUAGGCUUGACUCUUUUUUCUACAGACCACAUUGCAUAAGAAAUACUUCUCAUAAUUUGAAUGUUUUAAUAUCAUACAAUAAAUAUUUUUCAAAAACAAA